AUAGACAAGGGAGAAGAAGAGAGGAGAGAGGGAAGAGGGCCACUUAUGUUACCUUUUUUUAUGAUGCACGCAUCCGUGGCAGAACAGAGAGAGAGAGAGAGAGAGAGAGGGUACACAGUACUAUUGCUGCAGCAGCGCAAGAGGGAGGGAAGGCCCAAGGGAAGGGAGCUAGCCUCAGCAGCAGCAGCGGCCCCUAAAGCCUAGGGACUAGAGAUUACACAGUAACCACAUAAAAAGAGAGCCACAGAGAAGAAGAAGAAAGAAGAAAGAAACUACUGUUGUUGUUGUUGUUGUUUAUGGUUUUUGUACAGAGUUUUUGAGCUGCAGAUAUGGAGUUGAAAUGGUGAUAUGGGUGAGUUUGCUAGGGAGAGGGACUCCUUUGAGUUUUCUCCUCAGGGAUAAGCCAUUGAAGAAGAGCCCCUUUUUCUUUAAAUCUUAGGGGGAAAUUUUCUUUUUUCCAAGAUGAUUGGAAUGCAAUAUAGUAAGAAUAGCUUUGGGUCUUCGAUUUCUGCAUCUUCUUCUGCGGCUCAAGAUGGCAAGUUGAAGAGAGAUGGAAGCUUUGGGAGCAAUGAACCCAUUUCUGUGCUGGACAAGAGGAGGAGCCCAAGCCCUUCCACUUCCACGUCAGCUUCCUCUUCCUCUUUUGGGUGCACGGCGGCCGUGAAGGACGCCGCCGCUCCGGCCGCCGUGGAGGAGUGGGUGGUGGGGGAAUUGCAGCCUCUUGUUCCUUUUGAAAAAUUUGGUCUUGGAUUGGAAGAUUGGGAGUGUUUCUUGUCUGAAUCUGGGGCCGGGGAUUCCGACCAGUCUAUUCUCCGGUGGGUUUCCGGCGCGGAGUUUGAGGAUCCCUCCUCAUUACAUGAGAUCCAGGGCAAUGCGGGUUUGGGUGAUGCUGAUCAAACUACUACUGGAUUUGGUGCCCUAAUUGCCUCAGAUAAUUUCUUCACAAAUGUGAGUUCUUCUGUUAUUCCCAUUUCUUCUUUGAAUUCCAACAUUGGGAAAUUUGGUUCUACUGUCAACCAUGUUAAUUCUCAAGACUCCAAUCUUAAUUUUACACCUAAUAACAAUCUGGUGCCUGGGUUGAGUUUUCAAGAACCUGAGCAGAAGCCUCAGAUUUCCAAUUUCCAAAUACCUGUAGUGAACCAAACCCAGAAUGCCACAAACAGAAAUGUGUUUGUCUCACCAUCCUAUGGGGGCAUUCUUCAUGAAGAACAACUGCCUCCUCCUGCAAAGCGCCAGAAUUUGGAAAUCCCGAAUUCUCAGCUACCUGAAAUUCCUUUAGUUGGUAUGAGUCAUGGGUUGUUGCUUGGGAAACAACAAGAUUUUGCCCAACUACAGCAGCAGGGAAUGAUGGGCUCGGGCCAGCACUCGAGUUUACUGCAGCAGAAGCCAUUGCUGGUGCCCAAGCAAGAAGAGGUGGUGAUGCCACACCACCAACACCAGCAACAGGUUGUGUAUGACCAGAUUUAUAAGGCGGCAGAGUUGAUUCUGACCGGGCAAUUCUCACACGCGCAAAUGAUAUUGGCGCGGCUCAAUCACCAGUUCUCUCCUGUUGGAAAAUCGUUGCAGAGGGCUGCUUCUUAUUUCAAGGAGGCUCUAAUGUUGCCUCUCCUUAUGCCUGGGUCUUCCAUCUCUCUGCCUUCAAGGGUUCCCUCGCCCGUUGAUUUUGUGUUCAAGAUGGGCGCCUAUAAGGUCUUUUCUGAAGCGUCCCCUAUCCUCCAAUUCAUGAAUUUUACAUCCAACCAGGCACUUCUCGAAGCCCUUGGCGAUGCAGAAUAUGUUCACAUCUUUGAUUUCGAUAUUGGAUUUGGUGCCCAAUGGUCCUCUUUCAUACAAGAGCUUCCUAAAAGGAAUAACGGAGGGCGAGGAGGAGCGCCUUCGCUGAAGAUAACAGCCUUUGCUUCUCCUUCAACUCACCAUCCCGUUGAAAUCAGCCUUAUGCACGAGAGUUUGACGCAGUUUGCCAACGAUGUUGGUGUCAAAUUUGAGCUUGAGGUGGUAAACUUGGACACAUUUGAUCCUAGUUCUUAUCAGUUGUCCUCUUUCCGACCAUGUGGGAGCGAGGUGGUUGCUGUGAAUUUCCCCAUUUGGUCCCUUUCGAACCAUCUCUCUGCUCUUCCUUCACUGCUUCAUUAUAUAAAGCAGCUCUCGCCAAAAAUUGUAGUUUCACUGGAACGAGGAUGCGAACGAACUGAACUGCCUUUCCCGCACCACAUUCUCAAUGCCCUAAAAUACUACGAGGUCCUCUUCGAGAGUAUGGGUGCUGCAAAGGUGACUCCGGACAUGGCAAACAAGAUGGAGAGGUUCCUCUUCCAGCCUAGCAUCGAGAGCAUUGUGCAAGGCCGCCUCUGUUUCCCCGAUCAAAUGCCCCCGUGGAGAACCCUGUUUACUUCAGCUGGCUUUCUACCCGUGCCAUUUAGUAAUUUCACUGAAACUCAAGCCGAGUGCAUCAUGAAGCGAAAUCAAGUUAGAGGGUUUCACGUGGAGAAGAGGCAGGCAUCGCUCGUGCUGUGCUGGCAACGCAGAGAGUUGUUGACGGCCAUGGCUUGGAGGUGCUGAUCGGUGUUUUAGCUUCGUUUCAUCAAAGCUGGAAACAGCGGUUUAACUAAAUAUGUUAUUUGAUAGCAAUUAAUAAAAUCUUAAAACUCGUCGCAUCUCUGAGUGCUGCUGUGAAUGAAUUUUCCCUGCAUGUUUCUAGUUUGCUACAAUCUAAGUAGUAUUUAUUGACUGUAGACAGAUAUUCUUGUCGAAAACUGAACAUUUUCCUUGUUGCACGAGCUAUUUGGACAUCUUUGUUAUGUACUAUUAUUGCCUAGUAUUAGUUGUAACAAGUUGCUGCUAUAACUUUGCAUUUCUAGUUUUUUUUACAUAUUUAUCGCGAUA